AUGGCAAACACUUCUGCAUCUUCAACUGUAGUGAACGAUGAAGACAUUAAAUAUGUUCCUUACACUUCUGAACUUCAACUUCCAGGCAUCAUGUCUUUAAUUGAAAAUGAUUUGUCUGAGCCUUAUUCAAUAUAUACAUAUCGAUAUUUUAUCAAUAAUUGGCCAAAUUUAUGUUUCAUGACAAUGGACAAGGAUGAAUGUAUUGGGGUUAUAAUUUGUAAACUAGAUAGACAUCGGGAGGCAUUACGGGGUUACAUCGCAAUGUUAGCAGUUAAACGAGAAUAUCGAAAAAAAAAGAUUGGAACUACAUUGGUGAAGAUGGCUAUAAAUGCUAUGAAAAAACAAUAUGCAGAUGAGAUUGUUUUAGAAACAGAAUAUACAAAUAUAGGGGCCCUUUCAUUAUAUCAUAAUUUAGGGUUUAUUAGAGAUAAACGUCUUUACAGAUAUUAUCUUAAUGGAGUAGACGCGUUUAGAUUGAAAUUAUUUUGUAAAGGUGACCCUGAGGCUGAUAAAAUUGAUAAAUUAAGAAUUUAA